GGCGUCAGCUCAAACUCAAGCUGCGUUCGCUGCGCAUUCUCCCUUUCACCUUAUCUUCCUACCAUCAAGUACCAGCAUCUUUGUAUCAAUAUUUCACUCGAAAUGGCUUCUGGAAGGUAUAUCGUAACUUUUGCGGAUUCAGCGACGGACGAGCAGAUAGCCCAAUCUAUACAAGGUCUCGAGAGUAAUGGCGGAGCAGUUCAGAAUCGCUACAGUCUCUUAAAGGGCUUCUCAGCUGUGAUACCCGAGUCGUAUCUCAGUAGCUUCAAAUCCGCCCAAGGGGACUUGGUCUUAUCAAUUGAACCCGAUAGCGUCGUCACUAUCCAGUGAUCGUGUAGCAGUAGCUGUACAAGUAACAGGUCUAUGUAUCAAGGAGAUGUGUGUAUGCGUGUAUGAAUGAUGGAUGUGGUACUCCCUUCGCUUCGUUACUAGCCAGUAAGGCAGUGUAUACUAAGUUGACCUCCAUGGGCUAUGCUAUCACCGGGAACUGCUCCAAGACGCUGAUAUACUUGGAGUAGCUAGUGGCC